AUGGGUGUGCGAAAUGUGGGGGUGUGCGAGAAGUGGGUGUGCGACGUUAUCCCGAUAAACUACGACGCCUCUGCUGAAUGGGCGAACAAGAAGGUGGUAGUGUUCGCGGUGCCAGGCGCCUUUACACCAGGCUGCUCGGCGCGACACCUUCCAGGCUACAUCGAGAAGCUGGGCGAGUUGAAGGCUAAAGGCGCGGAUGUGGUGGCCUGCAUCGCCUAUAAUGAUCCCUUCGUGAUGAGCGCUUGGAGCAAGGCCAACAACAUCAAGAAUGACGACAUCCUCUUCCUGAGCGAUACGGAAUUGGCCUUCAGUAAGAAGCUCGGCUGGACGCUGGGUGAGCGCACGGCGCGCUACGCACUUAUUAUCGACCAUGGGAAAAUUACCUAUGCUCAAAAAGAGGAGGCGCCUAAGGAGGUCAGUGUCAGCGGUGCUGAUGCUGUGCUUGCGAAAUUGUAG